AUGACUGGAGUUACAGACAUUGGACUAAUGUACAACAGAAGAGAUUGUUAUAAUCAAAUUGGAUUUUAUGUUUUCUUUCAAGCUGCUCAAGGGUUAAUAAUGCUGAUUAUUGUGGCUGACAUCCUAGUUUUUGUAAAGUUUCCAACAUACUAUCGAGGAAUAUCAAACUCUAAAUAUAUUUUCAUCACUGCUUUCCCAAUUUUAACAUUUUCAAUAUUCACUACAGUUUAUGGGUAUACGACUACAAAUGAAGAACUUAUAUAUUCUUGUAGUCCUCCGUUUGCAUUCAGUGCUGAAGCAAGUGUUCUUUACAAGUAUUUAUUCAUUCUUUUGGCUGUCAUUAUCAUGAUUUUCUACCUUGUUUUAAUCAAAACAUUCUACCAAAGAAGUCAAUCGAAUCACCAGAGCUCCCUGAAAACUGUGAAACGACUUCAGUUGACUGUUUUCAUAUUUAUUUUCACUUGGUUCAUCAGCCAGAUUCUUGGACUCAUUAUUGUCGAAACGCCUGUGUUUUCAAAGUGGGGAGGGAUGAUACUGGCUCACAAUGUCAUAUUUGUCUGUCUCUCCUACAGUAAUACUUUUUAUGUGACAAUGUGGAGAAGCAAAGAGUAUCCUCUUCACACUUCCGCGAGUAAGAACUACACUAGAUGCAUAGUCAUCACCAAUACUUUGACUGUGGUCAUGUUUGCGACACUUAUAACUAUAUUCUAUAAGAAGAGCCAAUAUGAAAACCGAGAAUCAUCCAAAGUGAUGAAAAGAUUGCAAUUGUCGGUUGCAAUCUUUCUUUGCUCCUGGUACAUUACUAUUUUCACUUAUUUCAUCUGUAUUGUAGCAGGAGUUUACGGAGAAGAUCUACACUUUGUGAUAAAUAACAUGGCGUUCAAGAAUCUUAUGGGAAACAAGAAAAAACUAGUGACACUGGCAAAGAACACGUCCACUUCUCGUGUGAUUGUAGUCCACAGUGUGACUAUGUAUUGA